AUGUCGAAAAGUCCGCCGCUGAGGCACCUCAAGAGCUUUGGAAGCGGCUUGCUGGCACAGCAUGGCUCAGGUCGCAAAGCGGCCAAAGACCCAACAAAGUUCGCAGAGGCAGAGCAGCGUCUGGCCGAUCUUCGGCAGCGAACUGCUUUCGGUGGACUCACUGCUGAAUCGGAGUCUGAAGAGGACGAAGAGGAUGAAGAAGAGGAGAAGGCGCCGUCGGUGAAGUCUAUACUUGCGGAGGUGGAAAGUGCCAUGAAAACCUUCAAGCAGUCCCGUACUGUGCAGGAACAUGGCUGCGCUAUCAUUCGGAAUCUGGCUUGCUCUUCCGAAUGGUUUGAGCUCAUUGAGAAGGUCGACGGCGUGGACUUGAUACUAUUGGCCCUACAAAGAUUCAAGCUGUCCUCUCUGGUUCAGGAGCAGGGCUUGGGUGCGCUGAGCAAUCUUGCAUGCAAAGUUUCGCUGAGAGAGAGGCUGACUCAGGCUGAUGCACUGCACCUGGUGCUGAUUGCGCUUCAGGAACAUCCUGACAAAGCUCACACCUGUGCUCAAGCAUGUUCAGCACUUUGGAAUCUGGUGGCCGACCACAAGCAAAAUCAGGCCACGGUGCAUGGCCUUGGCAUCACAAAGCUGGUCUGCGAGGCAAUGAACACGCAUGUGGAGAGCGACGAGGUGUUGGAAGGUGCCUUCGGUGCCUUGAGCAACAUCACCGCUUUCAAUCAGGAGAACAAACAGGACAUCGUGGAUGCCGGUGGGGCAGCGAGCAUCUGCCGCGGAAUGCAGGAGCACCUCACAGUCACAGGGGUUCAACGGGCUGGAUGUGCGGCCCUCUGGGGCUUAACAGCACAUCAUCAUGAAGCGCAGUUGGCGGCUAUAGAGGCAAACGCACCAGCAAUUGUUUGUCAGGCGAUGCAGUCUGAAAUCAUGGAUCCUCGACUUCAAGAAAACGGCUGUGGAGCCCUACGGAAUCUGUGCGCCGACAACGACGAUUUUAAGAUCCGCGCAGUCGCAGCCGGUGGAGCAGAGCGUGUUUGCAAUGCGCUGGCUCGGCACGAGGAUCUCCGAGUGCGGCGGCAAGCGUGCAGCGCUUUGAUGAACAUGUCAUCCGUGAGCCCGGAGCAUAUCGAGGACUGCCACGACGAGAUUCUGCAGGCGGAUGCCGUGAGCCGACUCUGCACUGCCAUCGAAGCCCACAAGAAGGAGCUCACAGUCGUGGAACCUGCUUGUGCGGCUCUUCGAAACGUAAUCGCCGGUGCGCAGGUUGGCGAAGCACGAGGUCUGACAUACAAGCAGAUCCUCGAUGAAGACUUGGUCAAGCGUCUGGUGCAGACUGUUUUCUUGAAUCUGGAUCACAACCUUGUGCAGCAUCAUUGCUUGGAAGCACUUCGUCAUGUGUGCAGCUGGGAGAAGGGGGCCCUUUUGUUGGAGCGCAACCGGGGAGCGCAGGCCGUGAAGCGAUCCUUGGAACGCGACGAGCAAAGGAAGGUCCACGACCCCGUCAUACGGGAGCGAGGCUGCAACAUCUUGAAGGGCCUGGCCUUAGGCACAGCCACAGGGUCACAGAACAUCCUCGAAGAUGACCGGCCUGAUGGGUUGAAGCGCAUCAAACAUGCGAUGGAGAGCUUCCGGAGCCUGAAGGAAGUGCAGACGUCUGCACUGGAGGCUCUGAUGGCACUGGCCAAAGGCUGGCCCAAAGAAGGAGCUCAGAGGAUCAAGGCUGUUGGAUGUUUCAAGGACAUUCUGGCCGCAAUGUCAAAUCACUCGCAGGACUUAUCACUGCUUGUCAGUGCUUGUGGCGUCAUUCGCCAGCUCGCUGUCAAUGGCAUCUUGAUCGAGGAAGCAAGGCCAGUUCUGGAAAGGUACAUCAGACAAUUUCAGGAGGAGGUGCGCGUGCUCGUGCCGGCGAUGCACUCGCUAGCUGAGAUGGUGAGCCUCAUGGAGCCCACAGAUGCAGACAAAAGCUUUGCACACGACGUGUCGAAUUCUCUGGUCGCGCACAAGCGGAAAGCACACGUGCAGGCGGCUGGCCUCAGCAUACUUCGUGGUUGGGCUACCGUCGGUGGCAUCGGGCUCCUCGCGGCCACCGAGGCCAGAAGUGUGGAGCGAGCACGUGUGGCCAUGCUUGAGCACAAAGAAGACGAGGCCGUGCAGGGAAUAGCUUGCGAGGUCCUCCGCCGCGUGGCGGCCUCCAGCACGCACAUGCGCGACAACAUCAUCGAAGCUGGGCUGUAUUCUUUGAUAGUGUCAGCGCAGGAGACGUGUCGGGCCAGCCCACAGGUCUGUCGGCAAAGCCUACAAGCGGCAGGCACAUUGCUGGGCUUCAUGGCCGGGAAGGGCCAAGGACGGCAGGAGGAACGAAUGAGGAUGAUGAUGCAAAGUGCUGCCAAAGCCAAGGCAGCUGCCGGAACACCGCAGCGCAGCGGAGCCAUAGCCUUUGGGAAGUUGGUCAAAGAGACCGACAUGUCCCAGUUUGCCACCAAUGUACAAGAGCUGCUGGUCCUGCACAAGUCGAGUUCUCUGUUUGUGCAGGAUGCCUGUCAUGUGCUGCAGAGCCUCGCUGAGUCAUCCGACGAAGGCUGCAAGGCUGUCCAGUCUAUCGGGGUGCUCCCAACGAUUUUGGCAGUGCUCAAACAGCACCGACGCAGCGAGGCGGCGAACUUCUUUGCGCUGAGGGUCAUCUGGAGCCUUUUGACAAACACCACCUUGAUUCGUCACGCCAUUGAGGCAGGCCUGAUUGAGCUGGUCUUAUCGUGUCUGACUCGCUUUCACGGGUGUCCAGCUGUACAGAGUGCGGCUCUUUUGCUUGUGAGUCGUACAUCCCUCCAAAACCAGGACGCCAAGGCCAUGUACAUACAGGCAAACAUCAUCCCGCUCAUGCGGCGACUGCUGGAAGAAGAUGACGAAUUUUUGCGAGGGCGAUGUCUCGGCGCACUUGCGAAUCUGGCGAGCAACAACUCUAAAGCGGUUGAAAGGAUGCCGGACAUGGAGGAGGCGGUCGUGGAAAUGCUAUGCCAGCACGACUCUGAACAGCUGCAAUGCCGCUGUCUGCAGCUCUUGUGGGCACUUCUUCGUGCUGCCAGAAGCAAGAGGCAGAAGCCACAGGUAUUUUGCAGUUCUCGGCUGCUGGAUGCAGUCCUCGAUGCCCUGGCCAAGCAUUCCAAGAGUGAGAACUUGCAGGUCCAAGGCAUGGGCUUCUUGUGGAACUUGACUGCGCUUGGGCAAGAGCAGAAGCGCUGGGUUCUUGAGCACAGUGGUCUUCGACUUGCCGUGGUUGCCCUGGAAACCCACGCAGACAGCCGCCCCGUCCAGCAUCAUGGGUUGGAGCUUUUGCGGAGCCUUUGCUGUCUCGGACCCGAGGCACGGAAGCAGGUUCAGAACGCAAGAGCUGUGGACUUUGCAAAGACUGCACUUGUGAUGAGAGGUGACCCUCGGAUUCUUUGUGCGGCUACCGCCUUAUUGGGAAAUCUUGCCUGUGGGGAUCCUGCUGUGAAGCGCCAGCUCUUCGAUCAGGACAUACCGAGAGAGAUACUGUCUGGCAUGGAAGACUAUGCACGUGAUGUUGGCGUGCAAGUUGUCGGGGCAUGGGCAUUGGGGAAUUUCGUAGGAGUCAGUCGCAAGCGUGCUCGGCAGCUUUACGAGCUUGGAGGGAAAGACCGCGUUUUUUUGGCCAUGUCUGAGUACCCGCUGAAUGACAGCAUGAAGAUGUAUGGAACAGCAGUAAUUCGUAGGUUGGAGUUGGUACAGGAUCUGACACUGAGUGCCGACAAAAUGGACGAGGAUGACGAAGAGGAUGCGAAGGCAGAUGAAAUCACCGAAGGCAAAAGUUUUGCAGAACUGGACAAAGAGGAGCCAGAGGAUGCGGGCUCUGCGAGUGAGUCUUCCUCCGAAGAUCCAGAGCUCCGGGCGAAGAUUCAAGCGUUGGCCAAGCAGACGCAAGGGCAAAGCGAUGUUCGAGGUGGGGUGAAACUCGGAGACGACGGAGAUUGA